UACAUCCCAUUCAAGUGUGCCGCACACUGAUCGAGCAAGCCGGCGUUAGCCCCCUGCGGCUAACUAUUAACUAGUCGCCUGCUAAACUAUUGCAGCUGCUAGCUUGAACGUACACGCGAUAAUAAUUACACUCAGACUAAUUAAAUCACCAAACCACUUUAUUUCAAUACAGCAGUUGAUAUUGUUUCUAACUUGUAUUUAAUUGGUCAGUGUGAAGAAAUUGGCUCGUUGUAACAUCGAUUGGCUUUUUCUUGGCAAAUAUGGCGGCCGUCGUCUGUGUCUCAUUAAUGUGAUGUGGGUAACUACUACUAUGGCCAGGGCCAUCCUAUGAAGCCUCACAGGAUCCGCAUGACUCACAACCUCCUCCUCAACUAUGGCCUCUACAGGAAGAUGGAGAUCUACAGGCCACACAAAGCCAGCGGCGAGGAGAUGACCAAAUACCACAGUGACGAUUACAUCAAGUUUCUCCGGUCCAUCCGACCGGACAACAUGUCGGAACACAGCAAACAGAUGCAGAGAUUCAAUGUCGGGGAGGAUUGUCCGGUGUUUGAUGGCCUGUUUGAAUUCUGCCAGCUCUCUGCAGGCGGCUCUGUGGCUGGCGCGGUGAAGCUAAACAAACAGCAGACUGACAUCGCCGUCAACUGGGCGGGAGGACUCCAUCACGCAAAAAAAUCGGAAGCGUCUGGUUUCUGCUACGUCAACGACAUUGUCCUCGCCAUCCUGGAACUGCUCAAGUACCACCAGCGAGUGUUGUACAUUGACAUCGACAUUCAUCAUGGCGACGGCGUGGAGGAGGCCUUCUACACCACAGACAGAGUCAUGACCGUUUCCUUCCACAAGUACGGCGAGUACUUCCCAGGCACUGGAGAUCUGAGAGACAUCGGCGCCGGAAAAGGGAAGUACUACGCUGUGAACUACCCGCUCAGAGACGGCAUCGAUGAUGAGUCUUACGAAGCCAUCUUUAAACCUGUUAUGGCUAAAGUGAUGGAGAUGUAUCAGCCAAGUGCUGUGGUGCUGCAGUGUGGAGCUGACUCGCUAUCGGGAGACAGACUGGGCUGCUUCAACCUCACCAUUAAAGGUCACGCCAAGUGUGUGGAAUACAUGAAAAGCUUCAACCUCCCGCUGCUGAUGUUGGGCGGCGGUGGCUACACCAUCCGCAACGUGGCCCGCUGCUGGACCUACGAGACCGCCGUGGCGCUGGACUGUCCCAUCCCCAACGAGCUGCCCUACAACGACUACUUUGAGUACUUUGGGCCCGAUUUCAAGCUCCACAUCAGCCCGUCCAAUAUGAGCAACCAGAACACCAACGAGUACCUGGAGAAGAUCAAGCAGCGUCUCUUUGAAAACCUGCGCAUGCUGCCGCACGCGCCCGGCGUACAAAUGCAGGCCAUUCCCGAGGACGCUCCUCACCCGGACAGCGGGGACGAGGAAGAAGAGGACCCCGAUAAACGUGUUUCCAGUGUGCUCUGCAUUUCAGUCCGUGCUCACGACAAGAGGAUAGCCUGUGACGAGGAGUUCUCCGACUCGGAGGACGAGGCCGAGGGCCAGGGUGGUGGCCGCCGGAAUUCAGCCAAUCACAAGAAGCCCAAACGAGUGAAAAAGGACGAGGAGCAGGAAGGGGAGGAAAAGAAAGAUGUGAAGGACAAGAUGGAUAUAUCAUUACCAAAAGAUGACGUGAAGAUGACCUAAAGUGACGUUUGGUCACUGUUUGUCUUUUCCUGCUGCAUGGAGCCUACUUUCCUGCUUUUAUUGGUGAGCUACUAACCUUACAAACCUUGUCUCUACUUGAACAAUACUUCUAAACUUUGCUUCCACAACUUUAUGUGGGGUCUUAAGCUCCACCCGGACAAUGUUCCCUGCAGUAUGAGACAAACUCACCUGUCAUGUAAACAAGAUAAGUAAUUAUCCUUGCUUUUAUAUGGGGCCCAAGCUUGUAGAUCACCAGUAUUCCAUUUUGCUAAGUUAUUUUUAAUUGUCCACGUCUUCCUUAAUUGUUGUAUUGUGUGUUUCUCACCUUCAGUAGCAUUAUUUUGUCAUUAAUAAAAUUAAUGGAGUAGAUU